AUGUUACUAUGCUAUAAAUAUCGAAAUAUAGCGAUACUUACAAAAGCAGAAGAGCAAACGCUAGCUACUGUGCAGCCGAAGCUGUGUGAGGCGAAAGAAGGAGGUGCACAGGCAACAGGGAGCGAAAAUUCAUGGAACUAUACCAGAAGUGGCGUGGAGGAAAUCAAGUCCGAUGAGCAAAAACAUGUUGUUCGAUUUGCUGUCAAUCUGUGA